AUGAGGCCGGCGGCUUUGGGCUCCCCGGGCCGCGCAUCCCUAGAAGGUGAGGGGCCCGUCACGGUGAAGCUGGAGGACUCUGAGGAGGACGAACCCGCUGCCUGGAAUCUGGGCCCAGAGGCAGCAAGGCAGCGCUUCCGGCGCUUCCGCUAUGAGGAGGCCGCGGGGCCUGGCCAGGCGCUGGCCCAGCUCCGGGAGCUCUGCCGCCAGUGGCUGCGGCCCGAGGCGCACUCCAAGGAGCAGAUGCUGGAGCUGCUGGUGCUGGAGCAGUUCCUGGGCGUGCUGCCCCCCGAGAUCCAGGCCCGCGUGCGGGGACAACAGCCAGGCAGCCCUGAGGAGGCCGCGGCCCUGGUGGAGGGCUUCCACCGGGAGCCAGGAGGGCCCCGCAGAUGGGUCACGGUCCAGGUGCAAGGUCAGGAGGUGCUCUCGGAGAGGACGGAGCCCCCCGACUUCCAGGCCCUCCCUCAGCCCACCCCUGAGACUCCAGAACCUGGGCUGGAGAUGCCCCCUGGGGCUACGAAGCAGUCAACACUGGGCCUGCGGGUGAAAGAGGAGUCCGAGGUUACCGAGGAGCCAGAGCCACUGCAUCCUCGGCCUCUAAGCAGCCCGCAGGGGACCCCUUUCACUCUGCUCCCCGACCAGGCCCGGGACUGUGUCGUGGUGCUGGACCAGGCCUCCCCCCAUAGUGAGCCUGGGCCUGAGGUUUCCUCCUGGAGGCAGCACCGUGGGGCCCUGUGGCAGGAGGAAGCUGGGGGCAUCUUCUCCCCAGGGUUUACACUCCAGAUGGACAAUGUCUCUGUGGACCCUGACAUCGUGAGUCCCCACGUCCACCUGCCCUGGGACCUCGGCGAGGCCAGCCUCACAGGCCGACUCGAGUCAGCCUCCCGCGAACGUGGCUUUUCACAAGUGCUAGUGCUCUCCAGCGACCUGGGAGGUGAGCCGGACCCCACGGAGGAUGCCUGCCAGGGCCUGGGCCACGGGCUGGGCGCGGCGAGCUGGCGUGCCCCCAGGGGUCGCAGCCGGGCUCGGGGGCGCCCCGGCACAGGGGCCGGAGCUGAGCGAGGGGGCCGCUGUGACGUGUGCGGGAAGGUGUUCAGCCAGCGCAGCAACGUGCUGCGGCACCAGAAGAUCCACACCGGAGAGCGGCCCUUCGUGUGCAGCGAGUGCGGCCGCAGCUUCAGCCGCAGCUCACACCUGCUGCGCCACCAGCUCACGCACACAGAGGAGCGACCCUUCGUGUGCACCGACUGCGGCCAGGGCUUCGUCCGCAGCGGGCGCCUGGAGGAGCACCGGCGCGUGCACACAGGCGAGCAGCCCUUCCGCUGCGCCGAGUGCGGCCAGAGCUUCCGCCAGCGCUCCAACCUGCUACAGCACCAGCGCAUCCACGGCGACCCGCCGGGCCCCAGCACCGCGCCCCCCGCCCCUCCCAGCGCGCCCGAGCCCCCCGGCCCCUUCCCGUGCAGCGAGUGCCGCCAGAGCUUCGCGCAGCGCGCCGUGCUGUUGGAGCACCAGGCGGUGCACACGGGCGACAAGUGCUUCGGCUGCGCCGAGUGCGGGGAGCGCUUCGGCCGCCGAACGGUGCUGCUGCAGCACCGGCGCGUGCACAGCGGCGAGCGGCCCUUCCGGUGCGCCGAGUGCGGCCAGAGCUUCCGCCAGCGCUCCAACCUCACGCAGCACCGGCGCAUCCACACGGGCGAGCGGCCCUUCACCUGCGCCGAGUGCGGCAAGGCCUUCCGCCAGCGGCCCACGCUCACGCAGCACCUGCGCGUGCACACGGGCGAGAAGCCCUUCGCCUGCCCCGAGUGCGGCCAGCGCUUCAGCCAGCGCCUGAAGCUCACGCGCCACCAGCGGACGCACACGGGCGAGAAGCCCUACCGCUGCCGCGAGUGCGGCCUGGGCUUCACGCAGGUCUCCCGGCUCACCGAGCACCAGCGCAUCCACACGGGCGAGCGGCCCUUCGCCUGCCCCGAGUGCGGCCAGCGCUUCCGGCAGCACGCCAACCUCACGCAGCACCGGCGCAUCCACACGGGCGAGCGGCCGUACGCCUGCCCUGAGUGCGGCAAGGCCUUCCGCCAGCGGCCCACGCUCACACAGCACCUGCGCACCCACCGGCGUGAGAAGGCCUUCGCCUGCCAGGACUGCGGCCGCCGCUUCCACCAGAGCACCAAGCUCAUUCAGCACCAGCGCGUACACAGUGCAGAGUAGCCGGAGCAGGCGGCCCCACCAUUAUCCACCGUUGGGGGCGGGGUGUGUGUGGAACACCUACCUCAUGGGGUUGCAUGAGAUCGCGUGGGUACAAGCCAGCUCUCUUAGGGCCCGGCCCAGUAGGUGCUCAAUAAACAAUGCACAGAUUCUC